UCACCAGGAGGAUGCUGCCAUUGGUGUGGAUAAGCCUGGCCGUCUGCUUCCCAGCUUUGGGUAGGUCAGGCCGACCUGUGGCAGUCACAAAGUACGGAGUCCUCCGUGGAAAGCAGUUCCACAUAGGAGGAACAAUUGUCAACAUUUACUUGGGGGUCCCUUUCGCCAAGCCCCCAGUGGGCAACCUGCGAUUCGCUCCCCCAGAGUCUCCUGAGCCUUGGGAUGACCUGAGAGAUGCAACCACCUACCCUCCUGCGUGCCUCCAACAGUCCUGGGGCCAAAUCACAAACCUGUACUUUACAAACCAAAAAUACUCUACAUGGCUGCAAUUCCGGGAGGAUUGCCUGUAUCUGAACAUAUACACACCAGCCCAUGCCCAGAGGGGAGGCCGGCUACCGGUGAUGAUCUGGUUUCCUGGUGGUGCCUUUGUGGUGGGAUCAGCCUCUACCUACGAUGGCUCCAUGCUAUCUGCCCAUGAGGAUGUAGUGGUGGUUACCAUCCAGAAUCGACUUGGCAUCCUGGGCUUCCUCAGCACUGGAGAUAUCCAUGCCCGAGGGAACUGGGCACUGCUGGACCAGUUAGCUGCUCUGCAUUGGGUGCAAGAGAAUAUCGGAGUUUUUGGCGGGGACCCCGGCUCUGUGACCCUGUUUGGCCAGUCCUCGGGAGCCAUAUGUAUUUCAGGGCUGAUUCUGUCUCCCUUAUCCAAGGGCCUCUUCCACCGGGCCAUCUCUCAGAGUGGAACAGCCCUCAUAAAGAUCUUCAUCUCUUAUGAGCCACUGAAGAUUGCCAAGAGAAUUGCUAAAGCGGCCAAUUGUGCUACUAACAGUACCCAGGCCCUGGUACAGUGCCUCAGGUCAAAGUCGGAGAAGGAGAUCCAGAAGUUGUCUGAUGAGAUGAAAUUCUUCCAGCUGAACCCCAACAAUAACCCUCUGGAGACCAUCUGGUUUGUACCUGCUGUGGUGGAUGGAAUCGUUUUCACUGACAGCCCUGAAGCGCUUCUGGCUCAAGGGAAUUUUCAACAGAUUCCCUACCUCCUGGGUGUGAACAGGAUAGAAUUCAACUGGCUUCUCCCUCAUAUCAUGAAAGUUCCACUCAACCCUUGGAUAAUGACUAGAUCUAAAAUCCUUGAUCUGCUAUGGCAGUUCUCCUUGAUGCUGAACAUCACCAAAGACCAAAUUCCUCUGGUGAUAAAAGAGUAUGUAGGAGAAACUACGUUCCAAAAAGGAAACUUUGGGCAACGGGUUCUGACCCGAAAUAAUAUCCUGGAGCUGGUUGGAGAUGCGACUUUUGUGGUAUCAGCUAUUCAGACGGCACGUCGUCACAGAGAUGCUGGCCUUCCUGUCUACUUUUAUGAGUUCCAGCAUCAUGACCCCUCUGGGAUCAUUAUCAAAACCCGAAGUGAUGUAGCUGACCAUGGUGAUGAGAUCAGCUUCAUUCUUGGGACUCCACUCGCGAAAGGGUCUACCAAAGAAGAAGAGAAAAAACUCAGCAGAAACAUGAUGAAAUACUGGGCCAAUUUUGCCCGCACAGGGAACCCCAACAGCCAUGGGCUGACGGAAUGGCCAUGCUAUGAGAAGGAAGAGAAGUAUCUGCUGCUGGAUCUAGAACAGAGGGUGGGAAUAAAACUGAAGGAGAAAGAGGUGGCUUUUUGGAUGAGGAUCCAAAGCCAGCACCACAUCCAAGAUCAGCACGGAAAGGAAAGGAGGCUUGAUUCUGGUGGUGCUGCUGACCCUGGCUUAAGCCUAAACUAG